CCAGGAAGUUCAAAGUGGAUGUGGAGAGGGGAGGGAUGGAAACACAGGGUUGCUGUGUCUCUAGAGACUGUGGUUGACCCUCCGGGCAACUGCAAUCGAGGUGGUCGGAUUUUUUUUCGGCUCAAAGCAGGUUACAUUGAUCUAGCCUGGUAAAGAUAUCGGGAGACCAUGACCAAGAAAAGAAUUGCAGUGAUUGGGGGAGGUGUGAGUGGGCUCUCCUCUAUCAAGUGCUGCCUGGAGGAAGGCCUGGAGCCAGUCUGCUUUGAAAGGACGGAUGACAUUGGAGGGCUCUGGAGGUUCCAGGAAAAUCCUGAAGAAGGAAGGGCCAGUAUUUACAAAUCAGUGAUCAUCAACACAUCUAAGGAGAUGAUGUGCUUCAGUGACUAUCCCAUCCCAGAUCAUUAUCCUAACUUCAUGCACAACUCCCAGGUCCUCGAGUAUUUCAGGAUGUAUGCCAAAGAAUUUGAUCUUCUAAAGUAUAUUUGCUUUAAGACCACUGUGUGCAGUGUGAAGAAGCAGCCUGAUUUCUCCACUUCAGGCCAAUGGGAGGUAGUCACAGAAUCUGAAGGGAAAAAGGAGGUAAAUGUCUUUGAUGGAGUCAUGGUUUGCACUGGCCAUCACACCAAUGCUCACUUACCCUUGGAAAGCUUUCCUGGAAUUGAGAAGUUCAAAGGACAGUACUUCCAUAGCCGAGACUAUAAGAAUCCAGAUAUUUUCACUGGAAAGAGAGUCAUUAUAAUUGGCAUUGGGAAUUCUGGAGGGGAUCUGGCUGUGGAAAUUUCCCACACAGCCAAGCAGGUUUUCCUCAGCACCAGGAGAGGGGCUUGGAUCCUGAAUCGUGUAGCAGACUAUGGUUAUCCUUUUGAUGUGUUAUUCUCUUCUCGAUAUAAGCAUUUUCUUUCGAAGAUUUGUGGUCAAUCAUUAGUAAACAGUUUUUUGGAGAAAAAGAUGAACCAAAGGUUUGACCACAAGAUGUUUGGCCUAAAGCCUAAACACAGAGCUCUGAGUCAACAUCCAACGGUGAAUGAUGACCUGCCAAAUCGUAUAAUAUCUGGCUUGGUGAAGGUGAAAGGAAACGUGAAGGAAUUCACAGAAACGGCUGCCAUAUUUGACGAUGGCUCCAGGGAGGACCACGUGGAUGCUGUCAUCUUUGCCACAGGCUAUACCUUUGCCUUCCCUUUUCUUGAAGAUUCUGUCCAAGUAGUCAAAAACAAGAUUUCCCUAUAUAAAAAGGUCUUCCCUCCAAACCUGGAAAAGCCAACUCUUGCAAUCAUAGGCUUGAUCCAGCCCUUGGGUGCCAUUAUGCCCAUUUCAGAGCUGCAAGGACGCUGGGUCACUCAAGUAUUUAAAGGGCUAAAGACAUUGCCCUCACAAAGUGAAAUGAAAGCAGAAAUAACUAAGGCUCAAGAGGAAAUUGCUAAAAGGUAUGUGGAGAGCCAACGCCAUACCAUUCAGGGAGACUAUAUAGAUACCAUGGAAGAGCUUGCUGAUCUGGUGGGCGUCAGGCCCAAUCUGCUGUCUCUGGCCUUCACUGACCCCAAAUUGGCAGUACAGCUAUUUUGGGGACCCUGCACUCCAAUCCAGUAUCGUCUUCAAGGCCCUGGAAAAUGGGAUGGAGCCCGAAAAGCUAUCCUCACCACAGAAGAUCGUAUCAGGAAGCCAAUGAUGACUAGAGUGAUUGAAAGCAGUAAUUCCACAACUUCAACAAUAACAAUGGCCAGGUUUAUGCUGGCUGUUAUUUUCUUUGCUAUACUUAUGACCUACUUUUAGCUGUCCCAUUUGUCAUUGCCCUAGUUUUCUUUGGAAAAUUGGAUCUACAGAUGCCUUAAGAAUCUGAUGAGAUUGAACAACUCUCAGCUUCACAUUGCCCAGGAAUUUACUUUUAUUGCUUUUGCCAAAGCAUUAAUCCUCUGUCCUCUUUUCACUAGAGUGAGAUGCUAGCUUUUCAUUCAUAUUGAUUUCCCUCCCUUCCUUUCAUGACCCAUCACUUUUUCCUUUUAGUAACCCCUGGACUAUGAGCACAGGUAUUCUUUUAGCCAUCUUUGUUUGUCCUUAGCAGACUUCUUUACAUGUGGUAUGUGCUUAAUAAAUGUUUGUUUUCAUUUAUCAAAUAUUAUGGUGGGGAGCAAAAGUCAAUAUCUGUAUAAGAAAUGGGGACUCCAUGUAAUUCUGUAGCUGAUAGGAUUUGGUUUUCUAUUAGAAGCUCAAUCUUUUGUUUUUUUUAAUAUUGUAACUAAAUGUAUAUCUCCUGACAGAUAAGAGAAAUAAUGGUCUUGUAUACAUCUAAGAUAAGAUAUAUAAACACUUAACCAUUUUAUUUCACUAGCUACUCACUAGUAUGUGUGAUACUCUUUUCCCCUAAGCAGCAUGUCUUUGUUUUUUCAAUGAGAAAACUUUCUUCAGCUUUCUAGGCUCAUGGGUCAUUCUAAUAAUCUAGCAUCUGCCAAUAGGUUCAACUUGGUUGAAAAAUUUGGGAUUUUAAGUUAGCUGUCCUAUCUUCUUUUGAUCUCUUAGUUCCCAUAUUAGGAUCCAAUACGACUUUGUCUUAGAUCCGUAGCUGCCAACUUUUGUAGUAUGGCCUAUGUAUGUGAUUUGAUUUGUCAUCCUUUACUCCUACUUUCUCCUCUCUACUCCCUCACACACACAGAAUCUAAGUAGUACGUAUUCAAAGAGGUCAUUUAUGUAUUAAAACAGGAUUAAGGGGCGCCUGGGUGGCUCAGUCGUUAAGCGUCUGCCUUCAGCUCAGGUCAUGGUCCCAGGGUCCUGGGAUCGAGCCCCAUGUCAGGCUCCCUGCUCAGGGGAAGCCUGCUUCUCCCUCUCCCACUCCCCCUGCUUGUGUUCCCUCUAUCGCUGUCUCUCUCUCUGUCAAAUAAAUAAAUAAAUAAAUAAAAUCUUAAAAAAAAAAAACAGGUUUGAGGGGUGCCUGGGUGGCUCAGUUGGUUGAGCGUCCGACUCUUAAUUUCGGCUCAGGUCAUGAUCUCAGGGUUGUGAGAUCCUGCAGCAGGCUCACACGCUGGGUAUGAAGUCUGCUUAAGAUUCUCCUUCUCCCUCUCUCAUUCCCCAUUCCCCUCUCUAAAAAAUAAAUUAUAAAUAAAUAAAUAGGAUUGAUGUUAACUAAAUAUAGGGACAUUCUGCUUAUAACAGUUCUUUUAAUGUCAUACAAUGUAGUUCUGAAAAACAGAGCAAAUGAAAUGAAAAGCAGGGACUUCCAUUUAUGUCCUAGGACUGCUGUUGAUUCCUUUUUCUCAUUUGUAGAAUAUUUGUUCUGUUUUUGUCUCACAAAGUUAAGUAAGUGUUAACUGUUAGGCACACCGAAUUUCAUCAGGAAUGAUACUGGGUGUACCAGCCAGUCUUAUAUUCAUAAAUAAACUGUUCUGCAA